CCUGUCCCGGCCUCAGCGGCGCCCUCGCCUGUCCCGGCUCCCCCGUCUCCUGCUCCCCCGCCGGCCGUCAACCCUCCGCCGGCUCCCCCGGCUCCUGUUCCUCCGCCGGCUGCCGACCUGCCGCCGGCUCCUAUUCCCCCGCCGGCUCCCCCGUCUCCUAUUCCUCUGCCGGCUCCUAUUCCUCCGCCGGCUCCCCCGGCUCCUACUCCUCCGCCGGCUCUUCCGCCGGCUCCGGACCCUCCGCCGGCUCUUCCGCCGGCUCCGGACCCACCGCCGGCCCUUCCGCCGGCUCCCCCGGCUCCUGCUCCUCCGCCGGCUCCUACUCUUCCGCCGGCUCCUGACCCUCCACCGGUUUCCCCGUCUCCUACUCCUCCGCCGGCUCUUACGCAGGCUCCUGACCCUCCGCCGGCUCCCCCGUCUCCUAUUCCUCCGCCGGCUCCCCCGGCUCCUACUCCUCCGCCGGCUCUUCCGCCGGCUCCGGACCCUCCGCCGGCUCCCCCGGCUCCUGCUCCUCCACCGGCUCCUAUUCCCCCGCCGGCUCCCCCAUCUCCUGCUCCUCCGCCGGCUCCUACUCCUCCGCCGGCUCUUCCGCCGGCUCCUGACCCUCCGCCGAUUUCCCCGUCUCCUGCUCCUCCGCCGGCUCUUCCGCCGGCUCUUCCGCCGGCUCCGGACCCUCCGCCGCCUCCCCCGGCUCCUGCUCCUCCGCCGGCUCCUAUUCCCCCGCCGGCUCCCCCGUCUCCUGCUCCUCCGCCGGCUCUUCCGCCGGCUCCUGACCCUCCGCCGGUUUCCCCGUCUCCUAUUCCUCCACCGGCUCCCCCGGCUCCUGCUCCUCCGCCGGCUGUCGACCCUCUGCCGGCUCCCCCGGCUCCUGCUCCUCCGCCGGCUCCUAUUCCCCCGCCGGCUCCCCCGUCUCCUGCUCCUCCGCCGGCUCUUCCGCCGGCUCUUCCGCCGGCUCCUGACCCUCCGCCGGUUUCCCCGUCUCCUAUUCCUCCACCGGCUCCCCCGGCUCCUGCUCCUCCGCCGGCUGUCGACCCUCUGCCGGCUCCCCCGGCUCCUGCUCCUCCACCGGCUGUCGACCCGCCGCCGGCUCUCCUGCCGGCUCCUGUCCCUCCGCCAGCUCUCCCGUCUCCUGACCCU